ACUUAACUCACAGAAAGCCUUCAAUAGUCACAUUACACAUCAGAUUUCAUAAACACUUCUUAAGCAUGCAACUCUUUCUCACCGGCCUCUGCGCUCUCCUAGUCUUGUCGCGCGUUGGGGGCUCGCCAAUCCCUAUCAAUCGUGGAAUGAACACCCCGCCCUCAAGUCCCCCGGACGGCCAGAACGGAUCAAACAGCAGCCAUCAUCAGAACACGGGCGGCAACAGGGCUGGCAAGGCUCCCCAUGAUGAUCCUUGAAGUCACAAAUUGCGUUCGCUAAGUCACAGUAUUUUGCCGCAAGAAGUGGUUCCCUUCACCCUGGCAUUCAAUUCAAAAAAUCGUCCAUCUCACACCAAGUCGCG